AUGCAAAAAAAGAAAAAGAAAAAACGUCUUGGGUUUAGAAGGUUGGGCUUCAAAGUGGGCUGUUCCUAGAAAGUUCACCGACUUCUCCGUCGUCCCUGCAAAAAGAAUCAAAACCAGAAUCAGCUUCCAUUUUGCUUCGCCACCCGAUCUAACCAUCUCCUUUCAGUUCCACUUCUCACUUUCUGCAGCAAUGGAACAUCCUCACUCGCACCAAACCCUUCUGUCGCCGGACACCUCAUGCCCGCCGGCGUCCUCCUCCCCCGCCGCCCACGACUCUACAACUGCGCCAUGUGGAACAUGCCGCAAAUGCGGCGGCCCCACCACUUUUGCUCAGCCGCCCCCUUCGUGGUCGGAAGUUUCGCCGCCUCCAGCCUACCGUCCAAUCAGAGCUCCAGCCCUCAAUCUCCCUCCCAACGAACAGUCCCGGCAAGCCAUAAUUCUCUCUCCGGUUCCCCAAUCGGAGAAGGUGCCGCUCGUUGGGCCUCCUUUUCUUUUUCAAGCCCCUUCCAAGAAAAUCCAAUCGCCUGAAGAUAUCCGCUGCUUCAACGAUUCGGAUUCGGGUAAGAAUUUCCUAGGCUUCAUUGUCGCCCUCUCUGAAUCCAUGCGCGGCCACAAGAUUUCYGAUCCUUGCCACCAAUCGGACACCGUGAAUUCCAUUAUCUCAAUCCUUCAUUCGUUAAUUGAUUGGAUCGAUGAAAUACCUCCCACCGAGCAAGCAGCUCGAUACGGCAACGUUUCGUACCGAACUUGGCACUCUCGCUUGGUCGAAAACAGCGAUGACCUCAUCCUACGGCUUCUUCCUGACGAUCGAAGAUCCGCCACUGUCGAGUUAGUCCCCUAUUUCACAGAUAGCUUCGGAAAUUCGAGCCGAAUCGAUUACGGCACGGGUCACGAAACGAAUUUUGCCGCCUGGUUGUAUUGCCUGGCGAGGUUAGGGCUUAUUAAAGAAGAAGAUUAUCAAGCCGUUGUUGCAAGAGUUUUCGUUAAGUACCUGGAGUUAAUGAGGAAGUUGCAAUUAGUAUAUUGUUUGGAGCCGGCGGGAUCACACGGGGUUUGGGGUCUUGACGACUACCACUUUUUACCUUUCAUUUUCGGGGCCUCUCAGUUGAUUGACCAUAAAUACAUGAAACCCAAAUCUAUUCACAAUCCUGAUAUAUUGGAUAACUUUUCCAAUGAGUAUCUGUAUCUUUCAUGUAUUGCUUUCGUGAAGAAAGUGAAGAAGGGUUUGUUUGCAGAGCACUCUCCGUUGCUGGAUGAUAUCAGUGGGGUUCCUGCUUGGAAGAAGGUGAACAGUGGGUUGCUCAAAAUGUAUAAAGCGGAGGUGUUGGAGAAAGUUCCUAUUAUGCAGCAUUUUCUCUUCGGCUGGCUCAUCAAAUGGAGGAUGCUUGCUUAGAUUGCACUCUGACCCGUCUUCCUUGAUUCUGGCAGGCAAUAAAUUGUGGACACCAUCUGUGGGCUUCACACUACUCUGCUAACUAAUUUUGUAGAAGCAUAAAAGUGGAAACUGGGAAAGUGUAUGUACUUUCUUCAACUCUCUCCUGACUUGUUCUAGUCUCUGUUUCAUUCCAUUUAUAUAGUUCCAGUUGCCUUUAGUUUGAUGAAUCCAAAUAAGAGAAUCAAACAUUCAAACUAGAAUCUCAAGUACAUAUGAGAAAUGGAAAUCUUCUGAAAAUUUAUGACCACAAAAAA